UAAAUAAAAGUAGUUACGAAGCAGCUGAGGGAACAGAAAAAAAAAACCCACAACAAAACCAGCUGCAGGUUCCAGGCGCUUUCUGUUCGAGGUUUAUCAUUUUAUUUAUAUAGAAAUAUAAGAUCUUUUUUUUUCUCCAGAUGUCCUGCAGUUUUGUUGGCUCGCUUUCCAUCCCGGGGCUCUGAAGUCGCCCAGGUUGUGUCCAGGACGAGUUUGAAGACGUGCGGAGGAAUCUGGUGUUUGUGCUCUCGGGCCUGCUCGGAGGCUCAUCAGGAUUAAUAAGGCGGCAUGGCGGACACUCAAGCCCAGUCCAGCGUUCCGAACGGUACUGGUGAUGAUCCGGAGCCAGAGGAGGGAAGAGGGAGUGAAGGAGACUCUGCUUCACCUACAGAGGAUCAGAUACGAACCGAUUCAGAGUUGAGCCCACAGCAGGAGCAGCCAGCUGGAGAAGAGGAGGACGAGGAGGAAGAGGACACGGACAGCAUGGAUGGCAGCCUUAUGUACUCUUUUGUGGAGGAGGGGAAGGAGCAGGAGAGCGCGGGAGGCGGGCGGAGGGAACGAGCGAAAAAAGAUGACAACAGGAGAGCGGGCCGGAAGCGGAACCGACCCACGUCACGCCACUCCUCCAGCUCUGACGACGACGAGGAUGACGAUGACGAUGAGGACGAUGAUGAAAACGAAGGAGAAGAUGAAGACGAGAACGAAAAGGAAGAAGCAGACAUGGAGGCGUGGCUUGGGGCGGAGUUAAAGGAAAUGAGCAAGCCGAAGUGGCACGCGGUGCCGUCUCUGCGGGCACGGGAGAUCGGGAAGAACUCGGCGCAGUUUGUGAAGGGCGUGUGCGGCUCUCGGGGCCUGGUGCAGCGUUUGGAGCUGCAGGCUCGGCUGGAGCGGCACAGCGGCUGCGUCAACACACUCCACUUUAACCCGUCCGGGACGCGCCUCGCCUCGGGCAGCGACGACCUGCAAGUCGUCAUCUGGGACUGGGCCAGACGCCGCGCCGAGCUCGAGUUUGAAAGCGGGCACAAGAGCAACGUCUUUCAGGCGAAGUUUCUCCCUCACAGCGGCGACUCCACGCUGGCCAUGUGCGCCCGAGACGGCCAGGUCCGGAUCGCCGAGCUGUCCGCCACGCAACGCUGCAAAAACACAAAACGCGUGGCUCAGCACAAAGGUGCUGCACACAAGCUGGCCCUGGAGCCGGAUUCCCCCUGCUGUUUCCUCUCCACCGGAGAAGACGCCGUUGUGUACUGCAUUGACCUGCGCGUCGAACGACCCGCCAACAAACUGGUGGUGGUGAAGGAAGGCAACAAGAAGGUGGGUCUCUACACCAUCCACGUGAAUCCGGCCAACACGCAUCACUUCGCCGUCGGAGGAAGAGAUCAGUACCUUAGGAUCUACGAUCAGAGGAAGAUCAACGAAAACGAGAACAAUGGCGUACUCAAGAAGUUCUGCCCGUCUCACCUGGUGUCCAGCGAAUCCAAAAUGAACAUCAGUUGCUUAGUGUACAGCCAUGACGGCUCAGAGCUGAUCGCGAGUUAUAAUGACGAGGACAUUUAUCUGUUCGACUCGAGUCACAGCGACGGCGCAGAUUACCGACAGAGAUACAAAGGACACCGGAACAAUGCCACAGUUAAAGGCGUGAACUUCUACGGGCCGUGCAGUGAGUUCAUAGUGAGCGGCAGCGACUGCGGACACAUUUACCUGUGGGACAAACACUCGGCCCGCGUGGUGCAGUUCAUGGAAGGAGACCGAGGCGGAGUGGUGAAUUGUUUAGAGCCUCACCCUCAUCUCCCGGGUCUGGCCACCAGCGGUUUAGAUCACGAUGUGAAACUCUGGGCUCCGACUGCGGAGAACCCCACCACCCUGAAAGGCCUCAAAGAGGUGAUGAAAAAGAAUAAGCGCGAGCGUGAUGAGGUCAGCACCCGGCACGGUGAACAAUACGAUACACAGCUCCUCUGGUUCCUGAUGAGACACAUGAGGAACCGCAGACCUCUUAGAACUCAGAGCCGACACGGAGAAGGCGGAGACGGAGACACAGACACAGAGUCCUGGAAGGACACUUCAGCGAUGAUGAUGAUGAUGAAGACGUUUGAAGCGCUUGCUUCUCGAGCCCCUUCCUUCUCCGAAGAGCUCCCGUCACCCCGUAGCAUCCCGAGUGUGCAACUCGACUCCGUCGUCUCAGCUUCCUGUCUUUCCCUCGAGUUUUGCUGGCUGCCCUGUGGAUUCCUGUGGGCUUCAUCCCAAAUGGCUCCCUACAGGACACUUAACGGAGUGUGCAAGUCGUUUCUAAAGAAAAACAAACCCUCGAACAAUUAUGGGACGUGUAAUACUCCGUACACACCAUAUAGAGCUGGAAUUCGUGAUGUAGUGCACUUGCUACUUCGUACCCUUCAGCUGAUCGCGAGUUAUAAUGACGAGGACAUUUAUCUGUUCGACUCGAGUCACAGCGACGGCGCAGAUUACCGCCAGAGAUACAAAGGACACCGGAACAAUGCCACAGUUAAAGGCGUGAACUUCUACGGGCCGUGCAGUGAGUUCAUAGUGAGCGGCAGCGAUCAUGACACAUUUACCUGUGGGACAAACACUGCCCGCGUGGUGCAGUUCAUGGAAGGAGACCGAGGCGGAGUGGUGAAUUGUUUAGAGCCUCACCCUCAUCUCCCGGGUCUGGCCACCAGCGGCUUAGAUCACGAUGUGAAACUCUGGGCUCCGACUGCGGAGAACCCCACCACCCUGAAAGGCCUCAAAGAGGUGAUGAAAAAGAAUAAGCGCGAGCGUGAUGAGGUCAGCACCCGGCACGGUGAACAAUACGAUACACAGCUCCUCUGGUUCCUGAUGAGACACAUGAGGAACCGCAGACCUCUUAGAACUCAGAGCCGACACGGAGAAGGCGGAGACGGAGACACAGACACAGAGUCCUGGAGUUCGCCGGAAUCUUCUGACGAUGAGGAUGGAGGCCCUGACCAUGUCCAGUGCAUGUCCUCCUGAGCCACACACACACACACACACACACACACACACACACACACACACACACACACACACCCGCCCAUGGCUUUGUAUUUAAGCAUAUGCACUGAUUCACACUGCAAGUACAAUGCCAGCAACACACACACACACACACACACACACAAACACACACAAACACACACAGACACAGACAAAUGGCUUUAUACAGAAGAGUGUGGGAGAGAUUAUUGGAAUAAUGUAGUCACUUUCUCUUACACACACACACACACACACACACACACACACACACACUUCACACACACGCAAAGUAACUAGGUAACAAAAUGAAAAAAAUAUUUUUAUAAGCAUUCUGCAAUCAAAACACACCCUAUUUUGGCCCAUCCACACACACACACACACACACACAAAAGCAGUUACACUUCACACACUGGAGCAGACGAGGAUGAGAUUACGGCUUCUUGCUCUCUUGUUUCUGGACAUCAUGGACCCUACAGAGGACACUUCAGUGAUGAUGAUGAUGAUGAAGACGUUUGAAGCGCUUGCUUCUCGAGCCCCUUCCUUCUCCGAAGAGCUCCCGUCACCCCGUAGCAUCCCGAGUGUGCAACUCGACUCCGUCGUCUCAGCUUCCUGUCUUUCCCUCGAGUUUUGCUGGCUGCCCUGUGGAUUCCUGUGGGCUUCAUCCCAAAUGGCUCCCUACAGGACACUUAACGGAGUGUGCAAGUCGUUUCUAAAGAAAAACAAACCCUCGAACAAUUAUGGGACGUGUAAUACUCCGUACACACCAUAUAGAGCUGGAAUUCGUGAUGUAGUGCACUUGCUACUUCGUACCCUUCGUAGUUAUACAAAGAAUUGAACCAGACCCAGAUUAAUUAGUGCACUAUGGAUUAAAAGCAUGCACGAUACGAUUCUCGUCCCCUACGUAGUGCACUUAGGGACUAAUUGACACACAAGGUGACAUCUAGAAUAUAUUUCACUGCAUAGGGUGUAAGAUUUUCCACUGUAGUGCUGAUUGUUUGACUCGUCCGAUAGACGGUGCACUACUACUGCUAAUCAGUGUCGUUAGCGCCAUGAGAGACGCACCGAGUGCACUACGUAGGGUCCGACAAGCCAGUGUUUAUUAUAUGAAGUAGAGAACCAUUUGGUAUUGAACCAAAAUCCCAAGCAGGACAUAGUGGCUCGGCCUUGUCCCAAUCUUAAGUCUUGUGUCUUUUGUAGUAAAUGUUGUUCUUUUUUCUUUUAUUCUUAAUUUUCUGCUUUUUCACCAGAAACGUUUUUGCUUUUUGUACGGGACGAGAAGAGAAAAAAAAAACAUGUUAAAACGACUUUGUAUGUACAUAUGAAUAUAUAAAUAUAUAUAAAUAUGUAUAAAAAAAUUUAAGAUCUCCUUCAUGCUCCUGUAUCCGAAAUCCAGUUCAGAGAUUUAUAUUGUUAUACGGGAAAAACAAUAAAAAGUUUUCUUUCUCUGAAGUCAAGAAAGUCAUCUGACACUGUAUCUUGUUUUUUUGUUUGUUUUUUAACUCAAUUCUUUUUUUGAUGGUUGUAGAGAUUGUUGAGUUAAUUUUUUUUUUUAGCGCACUGCUGCCUCAUAAAUGUUAUUGGUUCAGCUGAGAAAAUAAAUAAAAACGUACAACUUCUGUGCAGAUUAAAAAAAUAGAAAAGGCUGUUUA